CUGCCCCGACGGGGGGGCUGGGGCUCGGCCCGCCCUCCUCCCCUCCCUCUCUCCCAAUUUCUCCUUCCUCCCGUGCCCCAGCCCCUCGGCCGGGCCAGGCGAGGCAGGAGCGGCCGCUCCCGGUGCCCAUCCCGCUCCCCCCGGGGAUGCGGCAGCCCCGGAGCGCUGCCCCUGGGAACGCUGCCCGGCUGAGGGGCACCGGAGGGCACCAUGAGCGGCGGCAGGUUCGAUUUCGAUGAUGGAGGCGCCUACUGCGGGGGCUGGGAGGGGGGCAAAGCCCACGGGCAUGGCAUCUGCACCGGCCCCAAGGGCCAGGGCGAGUACUCGGGCUCCUGGAACUACGGCUUCGAAGUGGUGGGCAUAUACACGUGGCCCAGCGGCAACACCUACGAAGGCUACUGGUCCCAGGGCAAGAGGCACGGGCUGGGAAUCGAGACCAAAGGACGGUGGGUUUACAGAGGCGAGUGGACCCACGGCUUUAAGGGACGGUACGGCGCGAGGCAGAGCAUGAGCAGCGGAGCCAAAUACGAGGGCACCUGGAACAACGGCCUGCAGGAUGGCUACGGCACCGAGACCUACGCUGAUGGAGGCACGUACCAGGGCCAGUUCACCAACGGCAUGCGGCACGGCUACGGCGUGCGCCAGAGCGUGCCCUACGGCAUGGCCUCGGUGGUGCGCUCACCUCUGCGCACCUCGCUGUCCUCGCUGCGCAGCGAGCACAGCAACGGCACCCUGCCCCAGCAGGACUCCCCCGCCGCCCACCCCGAGAGCCUGCCCCUCUCGCCCACCAUCACCCGCGGCGGCUUCGCCCUCAGCCUCUACGGCGACGCCGAGGCCGGCAAGCCCAAGAAAGGGGGGCUCUUCCGCAGGGGCUCCCUGCUGGGCAAGCUGAAGAAGUCCGAGUCCAAGUCGUCCCUGGCCAGCCAGAAGAGCCGCGUCAGCUUCCUCAAGAGCGAGAGCGGGAUCAGCUCGGCUGCCAGCGACGCCACCUCCACCGUCAGCCUGGGCGAGGGCGCCGAGGGCGAGGAGUACACCCCCUUCGAGUCCGACAUCGACGCCACCACCACCGAGACCUACAUGGGCGAGUGGAAGAACGACAAGCGCGCCGGCUUCGGCGUCAGCGAGCGCUCCAGCGGGCUCAAGUACGAGGGCGAGUGGCUGGACAACCUGCGGCACGGCUACGGCUGCACCACGCUGCCCGACGGCAAGAAGGAGGAGGGCAAGUACCGCCACAACGUCCUCGUCAAGGGCAUGAAGAAGCGAGUGAUACCCCUCAAGAGCGCCAAGAUCCGGCAGAAGGUGGACAGGAGCGUGGAGGGGGCUCAGAGGGCCGCGGCCAUCGCCCGGCAGAAGUCGGAGAUUGCGGCGUCCAGGACAGCUCAUGCCAAAGCCAAGGCUGAGGGGUCUGAGCAGGCAGCUCAGGCAGCCAACAACGAGUCGGGCAUAGCCAGAAUGAUGGCCAGGGAGCUCUCCCCAGACUUCUACCAGCCAGGCCCCGAGUACCAGAAGCGGAAGCUGCUGCAGGAGAUCAUCGAGAACGCGGAGCACGCGGUCAACAUGGAGGAGGAGGCGCCGCGGCCCGAGGGAGCCCCGCCGCCCCCCACGCCGCCCGAGAGCCCCCAGCUCCACGAGCCCGAGGAGCCGCCGCGCCGCGCCAGCCCGUCCCCCAGCCCCGCCGCCACCCCUCCCGAGGCCAAGCGCGCCAAGGCGGCCGCCCGGCAGGACGGUGCCCUCCGUCUGGGCAGCUGGGCCGAGGCGGGCGGCGGGAGCCCCGCGCCCCCCGAGGGUGAGGCCCGUCCGGCCUCGCGGGGCCGGGCCCGCCCCGCCGAGCAGAUGGAGAUCGGGCCGCUGCAGCGCAUGGCGCUCGAGCCCGACGUCGAGCUCUUCAAGGGCUACCACAGCUACGCCGUCCGCACCUCCCCGGUCACCCCCGCCACGGACUAUGAGGAGGAGCAGUUCCCCGAGCGUGAGCCGCCCUCCCCGGAGCCCCGGGGGGACCCUCAGCGCCGGGGGGGCACCCCUGCCCCGCCGCAGGAGCGGGAGGAGAAGCCGGCGGCCGUGGCGGAGGCCAAGCCGGAGCCGCCCCGGCCCAAGGAGCCGCAGCAGCGCCCCAGCCCCGAGCGCAGGCCCACGGGCCGGGCUGAGGACAGGAAGACUGAGGCCAGGGCACCGGGGCGGACGGAGCCCAAGGCGGGGGCCAAGCGGAGCCCGGCAGCAGUGGUGGCAGCACAGAAGGUGGAGGAGUGCGAAGAGGGACCUAACACAAUCGUGAUCUGCAUGGUCAUCUUACUGAACAUUGGUCUGGCCAUCCUAUUUGUGCAUUUUUUGACAUGAUGAGCCUGUCAAACAAGGCGUUGCUGCUGAUGGAGACCUCAGACCUUGGCGGGGAUUAAAGCUCAGCCACCUGGAAACACCUAAGAGGAGGACUUGAGAUCCCAAGGUUGCACGGCAAACAUCAACCUUAAACGAGAGCACCUGAAGAUCGGUUCAGUCUCCUGCUCCCAGGCUGUGGCUGGCCUCUGCAAUCUACCAAGGAAAAGCCAGGAUUUCUGCACUGUGGUCUCCUUCUCUUCUUUGUAUAAAAUAGCAGUUGCCUUAAAUUAUUCUCACCAAAGCCAUCAACUGUCCUGCCAUGCCGGGGAUGAGGGAUUUAUCUGUAGCUGUAGGAAAACGAGUGAGAAGGUCUCAUGCGUGCACACUGAUGUGUUUUGUAACUCCCCUGGCUGACUCGGUGUCAGGGAUUUUCCAAAGGUUCUCAUCCAUGGCGUGGAGAUGAAGCAACCAGAAUGACUCCUGAGAGCCGCGCCAUGGCCAGGGGUGGACGAUGUCACCCUCCGUGCUUGGAAGUCAUCCAAAGGGAUGAACAAAAAGUCUUUUCCUUUCCCCCGCCCCCGCCGUCACCUGGAGUCAUUUUCCACGUAUGGAGGACUGAGAGGGGGAGCAAGUUGAAAUUGGGCUUGUUGAAGUGUAACCCGAGUCCUGCCCAUGCCGGCCGGCGCUUCGCGGACGGGGCCGCGGGUGGGGUGCGAGGGACUGGUGGAUCCGAGGCUGUUGGUGCAUGUGGGGGUGCUGUGGGUGGAGAUGGUGCCUGUUUUGGGAGCAGGCACCGUCUGAGUGUCCUCCUGCCACCAGCAGUGCUCUGCACAGAAGCGUCUUGCAGUUGGUGGCUUCCCGCUGUAACGGGAAAAGGAAGUACGUGUGAUGAAUUGGUCCCUUUACCCCCUUUUGUCAAUGAAAAUGUUGCAAGUUACAGUAAAAAGGAGGUACUUGCUGAAAAUACCUCUGUAUGCCUGCAGGUUCCUCCCCCUGGGCUCUCACUGCAUGGAGAGAACAGACUUCCCAGCCAGAGGAUGCAGGGUGGCUGUCGUGGGAGAGGUUACCUUAUUCCUGACAGAAAAAAGGUGCAGAGACACGAGUGACUCCAGUGUAUUUGGGUGCUGGGCUCAGACAUAGGAGGCAUCCAGGCUGUCAGCAGGGGCAGAGUACAGUGGGCAGUUCUAGCUGUUGUGUGUGCGAGGCUGAGGCCUGGGCGAUUUGCACCGAUUUUCCCAAAGCUGUGACAGGGAGUGACCUUUGGAAGGAGAUUUUUCCACCAUGAUCUGCUCUGAUCUUUAGCAGUGCGAGCUUGGAAAGUCGGCACAGAUGAAGUUGCAGUUUAGUGUGAGGCUGAGUGCUUGGACAUGUUUCUUUCUUUCUUUUAAGAGCAAUGUGUAUUUUCUAUCCCUUUUUAAGAUAAUCGGAGAUGUUGUUUAUAGUUGGUUGUGCACCUCUGUGUAUCCUGAAGUCCCACAGCACAGGACUGGGUGGGAAAACCUUGUUGGACUGGAAGAAAUGGGGAAAUGAUGGUUAAGGAAAAAAACAGGUGCCCAGUCUGCUCCAAAGGUCAAGAGAUGGGGUGGCAGACAUGCAGGGGUUUACACUGACUGGAGACACAGGGCAAAACCUGCCCGAUUUAUCUACUCUAGCUAUGGCAUAAGAGAGUGAGAAUAAUUCAGUACUUUUCUUUGUGAACCAAUUUUAUUUUUUAACCUUAUUCAGCUCAGGAACUUUGCCACAGUAGCAAAUACGUGGUGUUAACUGUGGGAGAAGUGAAUGUGAUCCCUAAAAGCCAUGUGGCUGUACCAGUCCUGAGAAAGCUGUGCAGCACCAUCUACGCUUCCACAGAGCAUAGCUUAGUAGCAAUUUGCUUCUUUUCUUUUUUUUUUUUUUCCUCUUUUCUUAAGUAUAAAUGUAUUGCAAACCCCAGGCUCUGCUGCCUUUGAGGUUUUAUCUCAGUUUGCUGGCAUUCACUUGCCAGCUCUGCAGUUUCAGUAUGCCAACUGCUUUUAUUCACCACCAAGACAAUUUCCAUCCAGAGACCUGAGGGGCUUUUAUUUAUCACUAAGCACAAAAAUGGAUCUUUUUCAGCAGUGCUAAGGUAAUUCCCCCUCCCCCCCAAUUUUUUAUGCAUGUGAUAUGCACUCAGUAAUGUGCUUUCCUCCUAGUAACCUUCUGAGAAAAGGUGGUAGAUUUGCUUUUAUGUGACAUAUAACUAUAUCCAUAUUGCACUGAGGUAUGGAUAUAUACACACAGAGAGAGAGCCCCUUAGGGAUUUCAUUUCCUUAGAUGCAAAAUACCAGAUUUACCUCAAACUGCAUGCUUUCAAAACUGACUAGGAUAUGGCGUUAUACUUUUCAGGUCUUACAGAGAUGCAGAUACCUUUCACUCUUCACACAAAGAUACCUUCAGCACAGAUUUCGCAAGCUGUUUACUACGAUCUGUGUACUACUGUCCGGAGUUUUCUGUCGGUUGUUCUGCUGGAUUACGUGCAAUAAUAAACAGUUAUCUGCUCACUUUA